AUGGAUGCUCACCCUGGGAAGGGCAAGGCGGUCUGCGCCGCCCGUGCAUAUGACCAAUUGCCUCUCAAGACCGAGGAAAUGACUGUAACAAAGAUGGCACCAGCUCGACUUUCUGUGGUUGCAUUCAGUCAAAAAGGCAACAAGGAUGUUGUAGCCAUAGCAAAUCAAUCACAAGAGAAUGGCAAAUCUAACAACCACAACGUUGUCAGGCUUCUUGAGGCUGAGCGAGUUCAAAUGCACCAGAGCCAGGAGCUGCUUGUUGGCCAACAUACAAAGAUUGACGACAGUCUCCAAUUAAUUUUGGAUGAAAUUACUAGUCUCAAAGCCCAAGCUGCGGAGGAAAACGACCUGAAUGCUUUAAUGGUGCAGUUUAUUGUUAUGGCCAUCCGGAUACUUAUGGAGGCGUCGUUUAAUCAGGAGAAAGUGGGCGAUCUUCUUCCUGUUCUGGAAGCAGAGCUGGAGAGGCUCCAGCUGCCUGCUCGGCAUCCUCGGCUAUUGGCAUGCUUUAACCGGCUUCGUGAAGCUUGUGGAAAGGCGCCCGUUACGCAGUGUGACUUGGCGUCAAUGGCAGUAGUAAUUUCAGCUGCUUCAUCUGACGAGGUACUGCCCAGUAAAAGUGUCUCCAGCGGGACAGCAGGUAUCGCUGCCUCUGCUGCAGCCGGUGAAAUCGUUCAGGAACAGAGCCUGUCAGAGUCAAGGCGCGGAGGCUCUGGUUGGUCUAAUCGAGCUGUGCCUUUCGCUACCCAGACUACGCUUAUAGACGAACCAGACGACUACAGGAAGUCGUCUCUCACCGCUAGCGAGCAGUUCCCCGUUGUUGCUGUCCGUCAUCUGAACCGAGGCGCCUCUUCUGCCCACACCCGCUUGCCCAAGUCUUCUGCCUCAGCCGAAUUCUCUUCGAGGCGCGAAUCCGUAUUCACUCCAGGGGAACGACGAAGAACAGCUACCGCUUUUGGCGAUGGCGACCUGCCGUUGUUCCAGCAAUUUGCGGUGGCAGCGGCCGCACCAGCUCCUGACGAACUUUCCGGAUUGGGCAAGCCGAUGGACACGGCAAUCUUGAGCCAGACCACCAAAUUGCCAUUUGGGGAAGGCACGCUUGAAGGCUCUGACAGUGACUUGCAAGAGCCCAGGCUGUCCAAGAAUUUGGGUGGUUCUGUCAAUUCCAGCGAUAUCGGUAGUAUAAAUGUAUCAUCAAGUAUAUUCCGGCAUGGUGAUAUACCCCUAGAAUGGAAUAAUAAGCGGCCAAGCAGAACGCAUUCAGAAAUGGAUACAGAAGUUCCCAACUCAGCGCCCGAAAUGCGAGAUUCAUUCAUCACUGCUAAAGCGCUGAGCUCGGGAACACUCGAGUCUUUUGAUGGCCUUUUACAUCACGCAACUACAAUUUUGUCCAUGACACCUUCCGAGCUGCGAGCGGCAUUGUUGCGAAGCGCCACAGGUGCAAAGUCUGAUGGCGCAUUGAAACAAUCGGGUCAGCACCACUGUACACGGGAUGGUGUGGAACCCGCCAGUCGCAUGGACUCUGAAGGGCCCCCAGCUCCGAUGCCAUCUCUGACCACUUCAGUUAGCCUAGAUCAUUUGCAGAUCCUGAAGGAUGCGAUGGUCGCUGUCGCCAAGGCAGCCGCUAAAGAACUCGGAGAGGCGGAAAUUCAUUUGAAAGACGAGCCGGCAGGAGUAUCACUUGACACUGCCAUUCUGAAGCAGAGCGUAGGGGGAGCUGAACAGGAACAGUUGAAUUCUUCGGUCGGAGCAACAAAGAGUCGUGUAUCCGUAGGGGUGGAGGCUUCGGUACAAAAGGAAUCCCCCCAAAUCUCCGCAACUCAAACCUGUACUACAAGAAAGACUCUUUUGCCUGACUGUGCCAUUAAGAAUGAUGCCUCAGUUGACCCUGCAAAGUCAUCUGCUCUUGGCUCACCUUUUGCUGGUUGCAUUGCCCCCCCAUCAACCCCCGAUGCCCUCGCAUACCCUAGAAGUGAUUAUCCGUACUACCCCAUGCCUCCUCAAAACACAACCCUGCACGCCCAGGGACCGUAUCUACCUGCAAACCAACUUGCAUGGCAACAAUUCUUCAAUCGUGCAGCGGCGUCUGAACGACAGGUUCAGGAGAGGUCAUAUCUGGGAAGCCAUGCGGUGGCACAUGGACAAAGGAACUCGCAGAUUGGGGAACCUUUUGCUGCUUAUCAGGUGCCUGCUGGUUACCCGAUACUAGGGGCUACAUUCCAGUCUGAUUCGACCACUGGAAGUGGACUAAUGUAUGUCGCAAACGCCCGUUGCGAGCAAGCAAGGGUGCCCGAGGCACAGGGAUUGUUGGACACUGCCUACGGGCCAUCAGCAGUUCCUACUUCUUCCUACAGGAUUGCCUGUCAGACUGCACCUAUAUCCGGCAAAGAACAUGGCAGCAUAGUUGGGCAACCUCGCCUAUUCGUGGCACAUACUCAUGCUUGGCAAGCAAAGCCGCGCGGAGUUCCUCCCCACUCUACCGCUGGUGUGGCGCAGCAGAACUUCGAAACUCCACGGAUUGAAGGUUGGGCCUGUUGCCAUCGUAUGACACGAGGUGGAAAACAUAGCAUACGGAAAGCCUCCAACCAUUAG